CAAUACUCUCGGUGUCGAAUCUUUGUAUUCUAAAUGGCCAAUAUAGCAUACUAUUUGCGUUUAGCUUUGGUGCUUGCUGUGAUACACGCGAAACUUAUUGCAGCAUUUCAUCUCAACUUCAGGGCGACACCUCCUACGCGUUAUGAGGACACAUUCAUUACCGAGGAUUACAGUAAUGAAGCGAACUAUGCUGAGCUAUCUGGUCUUAGAUAUUACUCAAACUGCUAUCUACGCGACUCCUCCACGAGCGGCGCUGAUAGCCCAUCUGGAGAUCUCGAUCCGAUAUUCACGAAGCUAUGCGAGCUCUCCCCGCCUCCUUCAUGCUUCAGAGACAUGCUGUCUUCAAUCUUGCCAAUGUGCGGAACGAUAUCGACAGAAGAGCGAGUAGUGGUUUCAAUCAAACUGACUCUUUGUGAACUCUCGGCCGCGCAUGUUUCACGUCCGCUCUCGUGCUCGGGAGACAUGACGGCAAGCAAAGAGCAGCGGGCAUGCAUGAAAGAGAUGAAAGCGUCGCCUCAGCUUUGGACUUCUUUUAGUGGGAAUUUCAGGGAGAUUGCUACUAUUUGCUUAGCUGAAAAAGCAAAUUACGAAAAAGAGGAGUUUAUACGCCUCCAUCAAAACAUCACAGCAAUACAGGCACAGUUGCUGCAUAUACUAAAAAGUCAGAUGGCAGACAUAUAUUCAGAAGCCAAGAAUGUGCCUGAUGCACUCGCAUCAUGGCAUCAGUCGAUUGUAGAAGUGGAGAAAAGACUGAGCUCGCUGGAUGAGUACUUUUCUAUGCUUGCGGCAAACAUUUCCAACAGACUGAGCGAGAAGACAAGAGAGAUGGAUCUGGUUUUGGAUAAAGAGCUGGAAAGGUUGACGAGAAUUGAUGGUAUUACUGCAGAUUUGCUAAGCCGAUUCGAGAAAGAUUACACAGAACUUCACGAAUCUUCGAGAUCAAGUCUCGAGUUAAUGAAGAUGUCCAGAGAAGCUGAGCAAGAGUAUGUCACUCAGGUCAAUUUGGAUUUGUCUGGCUUUUCUGAGGAUAUUGGUAAAAGCCAUGGUCUGCUCAGCGAUUUAGUAUCAAAUCUAUCAAACAAACUGAACGAGGCAGCUGGCGCAUCUCUAGCGCUGAAUGAGGCGCAGCUCGGCUUGGGAGAGCUAAUUUCGACCGAUCUGGCAAAGGUUGGCCGUAUGUCGGAGCUACAGAGUAGCAUGCUGGGAGAAAUGCAAGAGGCAGAGAAUAUUUUCGAGAAUCUUUCGGAUGCGAUACUAGAUCUGCAGGAGACGACAAAGGGUAUCAUUGUUGAGCUAUCCGACGAGGCCAAGAACGCAAGCGAGCAAAUGAGAAGCAACUUUGAGCAAAUUGAGGAGACAGUCGCGCGGUUCCGGCUCGCGGUCGAAGAGGCGCGGAAUGAUCUUUUUGGAAAUGGAUUUCAAGAUCGCGCGAUUAUUGUUGUUGCCACGUUUAUCCUCGUGUUUAUUGGAAGGCAUAAUUCGAGUUUCACAGCAGGGCAGCUUGUAGUCAUUUGCGGGUUUCUGCUAUGGCCGACAUUCAUAUUCAGCAUAAUCAGAAAGAUAUCUGGUUUAGGCUGGCGCUACUAUAUAGUUGAGCCGACAGUCAUAUUCCGGCCGGAUAUACCUAGACUUGUUCCACUUUUUGCAGUCGUCAUCACAAUCUUUGUGUUGUUGCUGAACCUGAUUUGGAGAACGAGCAUGCAUAGGAAGACAAGUUCUAGAGGCCGGCGAUUGACGGAGGAGGAAGUGAAAGAGAGUCUAUAUGUGGAAGAGUUCAGCGCGGACGUCUAGGAGCUGGACGCAUCUUCUGCUAUCGUCAUAAGUUGGCUUGAGCUGCAGUGUAGAUAGCUCCGAUAAGCUUAGUGCACGAAGAGUUGCAGGAAUGGCACCAAAUAAGCUUAAAGGAAUGACAUCAUCGCGCAGCAAUCACAAAGAGGACGGGCCGGGCCGACUACGCCGACAAUACGACGCGGCGCCGUCAGU